AUGCAGCACAAGGUUGACGAGGCCAAGAUUGGGCCAGGAGCGGAACUCCGCGAUCCUGUCCGCCUGGAGCUACUGAGAAGGCUGAAGGGGUUCCUGGAAGAUCAAAAAGUCGCUCGGGGUGCUCAGGCUUCUCUGAUGUUAUGUGAUAUCCAGUACCUAGAAGGGCUAUGCCAGUCGUUCGAGAAUGCAACUGAGGAGGGAAAAGCCACAAUGCGGAAAGGACUCUCUAGCUCGAUGGAGGAGGAUGAAAUCGUCGAAAAAUGUGAGUUUGAGAUGCCCCUCUUUCGAGUUAUUUCUGUGCCUAAAAUGUCAAUUUUGCCUCUGGCAGGGUGUCAGAAACCUCGUUCAAGCUCGACCGUCUCUUCUGCCCGAGCACGCUCGUUACAACGCGAUUAUUCUGAACCAUCACCACGUCGACAAGCUAUGUCGAGCACAGAACCCCGGGCUUCGGGAGCACAAUUCCCCAAGAGAAAGCGUAGUACAUCGCGAAAUAUAUCUAUUGAUUCAAGCCCGAGCAGAUCUAAACCGGUUAGCAGGAUGUGCAAGGAGCGAGAUGAUUUCAAGUGCAUUGUUACUAAGAGCGCUGGACCUAUCGAUGCCGCUCAUUUAUUCCCUGUUUCUCUUAAUAAAAGCGACGAUCGAGCAAACUUCUUUAGCUUGCUAAAAAUUUUGUGGGCCCAGCGCAUCGGGAAAUGGGAAGGUCGUUUCAAAAAUGGUACCGAAUUUGUUGAGAAUGAGGUAUCUUUUUCUCCUUCCCUCCACAGAUACCAUGCGAAAGGUUUAUUUGCGCUCCAGCCCAUCGAAGCGACAUCAGAUGGAAGAUCCUUAAAACUUGGCUUCUACUGGUUGAAUAAGCGUCAGGUUGAAAGAUCUAAGGAAAUGGUUGACCUGAUGGACAUCCCAGCCCUCGCCCAUGAUUUCCGGCCGAAAGAUAUCGCGAUCUGCAGCUCCCGAGAUGAGCAUAUCAUCAGGUCGGGUGAAGUUAUAGAGCUGAUAACGAAGGACCCUGAGAAGCUACCGUUGCCGGACUGGCAUAUACUAGAGAUGCAAUGGGUACUUCAACGUCUGGUGGCGCUGAAAGGGGCUGCAGACAUUCCUGACGCGGUUCAUGACGACAGUAACGAUAGUGACUGGGAAGAGUCGGCGUGCUAUAGAUAUGAUGAGAUGGAGGAAGAUAACGAUUCCAGCGAAGAAUACGAUGAACAUGAGGAGGGCUGGCGGCAUGCGAGAAUCGACGAUUGGGUUGGCCAGAUUCCUGGAGAGACAUGUGUUUAA